CGCAGUUUGCACCGGCACCGACAUGAAGCUGCUGCGCCCGGCCAGCGCCGAGAGCCACUACGAGACCCUGCGGCACCUCUACGAGGGCUGCCGCGUGGUGCAGGGCAACCUGGAGCUCACCUACCUGCCGCCCGAUGCCGACACCGCCUUCCUCAGGGACAUCCAGGAGGUGCAGGGCUACGUGCUCAUCGCGGAGAACCGGGUGAGCGCGCUGCAGCUGCAGGGCCUGCGCAUCAUCCGCGGCACGCAGCUCUUCGAGGAGCGCUACGCGCUCGCCGUGCUGGGCAACGGCGGCGCCCCGGGGCUGCGGCAGCUCGGCAUGAGGCGCCUCACAGAGAUCCUCAAGGGCGGCGUGCGCAUCGAGAGGAACCCGCAGCUCUGCUUCCAGGAGAGCAUCCUCUGGGCCGACAUCCUGCACCGGCACAACGAGCUGCGCGGCGAGACGCACGUGGAGAGCACCCGCAACCGCACCUGUCCCGACUGCCGGGCGCUGUGCGCGGAGGGGCACUGCUGGGGCGAGGGGCCGCAGGACUGCCAGACGCUGACCAACAGCAUCUGCCACGGGUGCCCGCGCUGCAAGGGCACGAAGCCGACCGACUGCUGCCACGAGCAGUGCGCCGCGGGCUGCACCGGCCCCAAGCACUCGGACUGCCUGGCCUGCCUGAACUUCAACCGCAGCGGCAUCUGCGAGCUGCACUGCCCGCCGCUCGUCAUCUACAACUCGGACACCUUCGAGUCGGUGCCCAACCGCGACGGGCGCUACACGUUCGGCGCCAGCUGCGUGAGCCAGUGUCCCUAUAACUACCUGGCCACGGAGGUGGGCUCCUGCACGCUCGUGUGUCCCCACAACAGCCAGGAGGUCACCGUCAACAACGUGCAGAAGUGCGAGAAGUGCAGCAAGCCCUGUCCCCAAGUGUGCUACGGGCUCGGCGUGGAUUUCCUCAAGGGCGUCCGCGCCGUCAACGCCUCCAACAUCCAGCACUUCGCCGGCUGCACCAAGAUCUUUGGCAGCUUGGCCUUCCUGCCCGAGACCUUCGCCGGGGACCCCAGCACCAACACGGCGCCCUUGGACCCCGAGCUGCUCUCGAUCUUCGAGAGCCUGGAGGAGCUGACGGGCUUCCUGUACAUCGCGGCCUGGCCCACGACCCUGCCGGACCUGCGCGUCUUCCAGAACCUGCGCGUGAUCCGGGGCCGCGUGCUGCACAACGGCGCCUACUCGCUGACGCUGCAGGAGCUGCCCGUGUCGGCGCUGGGGCUGCGCUCGCUGCGCGAGAUCAGCAGCGGGAUGGUGCUCGUGCACCGCAACCCGCACCUCUGCUUCCUGCAGAAGGUGCCCUGGGAGAGCAUCUUCCGCGGCCCCCGGCAGCGCCUCUUCCAGGCGCACAACAAGCCCCCGGAGCAGUGCGAGCGCGAGGGGCUGAGUUGCUUCCCGCUCUGCUCCAACGGCUCCUGCUGGGGCCCCGGCCCGACGCAGUGCGUGGCCUGCGAGCGCUUCCUGCGCGGCCAGGAGUGCGUCGCCUCCUGCAACCUGCUGGACGGCGCCGUGCGCGAGCACGCCAACGGCACGCGCUGCCUGCCCUGCCACCCCGAGUGCCAGCCCCAGAACGGCACCGAGACCUGCUUCGGAUCGGAGGCGGAUCAGUGCGUGGCCUGCGCCCACUACAAGGACGGCCAGAGCUGCGUGCGCAAGUGCCCCAGCGGGGUGAAGUCGGACGCCUCCUUCGUGCCCGUCUGGAAGUACCCGGACGAGGACGGCGUGUGCCAGCUGUGCCCCACCAACUGCAGCCACUCGUGCACGAUCCGGGAUGAGGACGGCUGCCCCGUGGAGCAGAAGCCCAGCCAGGUGACGUCCGUCAUCGCCGGCGUGGUCGGGGCGCUGCUCUUCGUGCUGCUGCUGCUCAUCAGCGGCGUGUGCGUGCGGCGGCGGCGGCGGCAGGAGAGGAAGCACGCCAUGCGGCGGCUGCUGCAGGAGACCGAGCUCGUGGAGCCGCUGACGCCCAGCGGGGCCCUGCCCAACCAGGCCCAGAUGCGGAUCCUCAAGGAGACGGAGCUCAAGAAAGUGAAGGUCUUGGGCUCCGGCGCCUUCGGCACCGUCUACAAGGGCAUCUGGAUCCCCGACGGCGAGAGUGUGAAGAUUCCCGUGGCCAUCAAGGUGCUGCGGGAGAACACGUCGCCCAAGGCCAACAAGGAGAUCCUGGACGAGGCCUACGUGAUGGCCGGCGUGGGCAGCCCCUACGUGUCCCGGCUGCUGGGCAUCUGCCUCACGUCCACGGUGCAGCUCGUGACGCAGCUGAUGCCCUACGGCUGCCUGCUGGACUACGUGCGCGAGAACAAGGACCACCUGUGCUCCCAGGACCUGCUCAACUGGUGUGUGCAGAUCGCCAAGGGCAUGAGCUACCUGGAGGAGGUGCGGCUGGUGCACCGCGACCUGGCCGCCCGCAACGUGCUCGUCAAGAGCCCGCACCACGUCAAGAUCACCGACUUCGGGCUGGCCCGCCUGCUCGACAUCGACGAGACCGAGUACCACGCCGACGGCGGCAAGGUCCCCAUCAAGUGGAUGGCACUGGAGUCCAUCCUGCGCCGGCGCUUCACGCACCAGAGCGACGUGUGGAGCUACGGCGUCACCGUGUGGGAGCUGAUGACGUUCGGGGCGAAGCCGUACGACGGGAUCCCCGCGCGCGAGAUCCCCGACCUGCUGGAGAAGGGCGAGCGGCUGCCCCAGCCGCCCAUCUGCACCAUCGACGUCUACAUGAUCAUGGUGAAAUGCUGGAUGAUCGACUCCGAGUGCCGGCCCAAAUUCCGGGAGCUGGUCACCGAGUUCUCCCGCAUGGCCCGGGACCCCCAGCGCUUCGUGGUCAUCCAGAACGACGUGACGGGGCUGCCCGGCUCCAUGGACAGCACCUUCUACCGGGCGCUGCUGGACGAGGAGGACAUGGAGGAGCUGGUGGACGCCGAGGCCUACCUGGUGCCGCAGCAGGGCUUCUUCGGCGCCGACGCCGCCUUCCGCAGCCGCGUCUCCUCCACGCGGGUACGGGGAGAGUACGUGAACCAGGCGGAGCGGCCGCGCGCGCCGCCGUCCCCGCCGCCGGAGCGGCCCAAGGGCCACCAGGGCAAGAACGGGCUGGUGAAGGAGGCGGCGGCGGGCAGCGCCUCGGGCCGCGCCGUGGAGAACCCCGAGUACCUGGCGCCCGCCGGGCCCUUCAGCCAGGCCUUCGACAACCCCUAUUACUGGGACGCGGAGCCCGCCGCAGCCGGCGGCCCCGGCGCGACGCCCACGGCCGAGAACCCCGAGUACCUGGGCCUGGCCGAGCCCGCCGACGCCGUCUAG